AUGGCUCCAGUUGGAGAGGCAUUGCUCACAGCUUCUAUUCAAGUUUUGUUGGAAAAGAUGGCUUCUCGCGAGGUCCUGAGCUUCUUCGGGGGACAGAAACUCAAUGCUGCACUCUUGAAUAAGUUGAAGAUCACAUUGCUCACUGUCCAUGCAAUCCUCAAUGAUGCGGAGGUGAAGCAGAGUGAGAAUCCAGCAAUCAAAGAGUGGCUCCACGAGAUUAAAGAUGCUGCCUACGACGCGGAGGACUUGUUAGAAGAGAUUGCUACAGAAGCUCUUCGGUGCACGACGGAGUCUGACUCCCAAACUAGUGGAACUCAGGUAUGGAACGCCAUCUCGACCUCUCUUAAUCCAUUUGGUGAUGGGGUGGAGUCCAGGGUUGAGGAGAUAUUUGAUAGAUUAGAAUUUCUUGCUCAACAAAAAGACGCUCUUGGGUUGAAAGAAGUUGUUGGUAAGAAACUAGCAAAAAGAUGGUCGUCCACUUCUGUGGUGGAUGAAUCUGGUGUUUAUGGCAGGGAGGGUAGUAAAGAGGAGAUAAUUGACAUGUUGCUCUCAGACAAUGCAAGUGGCCAUGUCAAAACUGUGAUAGCCAAAGUUGGCAUGGGCGGCAUUGGGAAGACCGCCCUAGCACAACUUUUGUAUAAUGAUGAAAGGGUAAAAUCAUAUUUUGAUAUGAAAGCUUGGGUCUGUGUAUCCGAAGAAUUUGAUCUCUUCAGGAUAUCGAAAACAAUUCUUGAGGCCACUAAUGGAGCCGCUUUUAGUUGUACUCGUGAUGUAAAUGACUGA